AUGCGCUCAGAAACACGGCGUCGGGGCCGGCGUUGCAUAACCGUCCCGAUGUAUAUGGUGCUCCCAGCCUUAGUCAUGGUUACCUUCUUGUUAUGGAAUAAUAUGUCGCGCGAGCGUAAAAACAGAAUGAGAGGUGGCCACAUUGGUGAAGGAAGCCAUGCUGUUCGGGGUGGUUUGCCAGGGGUCGGAAACUUGCGGGCCUCGCCAGCGGUUUUUUCAUUUACCACGAAACUUCUGUCAGUAUUGACGGCAUUCGUGGACCAGGAAACUGAUGGAAUGCCUGCAUCAGUAGCGGCAGCUGGAGGAGCCACGGAUAUGUUUGGUUUGCCCCCGAAUGCAACGCCCGCGGCCAUUUUGCUGGAAUACUAUGAAACGCAGCUUCCUAAGUUCAACAAUGAGUUAGAAAAGAGGUUGGACAAUGGCUCCAUAAAGAAUGUCACACAUUCCGACACGUACUGGAGUCCAACUCAUGUCGCACGCCGCGGCUACGGGCUCGAGGGUAGUAUCUUCGUUGGUCUUCUGCACCAUGAAACGCCACUGGUUCGUAUGAGAAGGUCUGUUUCUCUAGAGAGUGUGUGUGCUAUGACAGUUCACAACUUAUAUGAAUCGGCACUUUGGUCAGUUGCUAUUUUCACCGGUAUCGUUGAGUUCCUCCCCGACGUAAUGACGGCUGAGGAAUCGGGUGGGCGCGGAGGUCACAACUCGUCCCGGUGGCCUUUCCCACCAUCGUCUCCAUGUAUUCCUGUUGCUUAUCAGUCUCACACGUGCGCCGAACGGUAUGGAUUCUGUCCACGGGACAACAUACGGCUGCGGCAACUGCGUGUGUCGGCUAAGUCACGAAGGCACAGCAAAGGAAGCAAUAUGGGUGGAGGCGAAGGUAACGUCAAGGUGAGUGAAAAAAAAGAAAAUCCACGCAGUCGAAGAGCUGAGGACGACUACGAGCAUGCUGGUUACAGGGAUGGGGAUGCUUCAAGUGGGAGUGAUGCAAGUGGAGGGCUCAGUGACUUUACCUCCAUUGCCUCCCAGCGGUAUGCAACGCUCGCCCUGUAUCGCGGCGAAACAUACGUGAUGUUUCUUAAUGCAGGCGUGUUGUUAGUGCCCUCAUGGGAUGUGACAGCGCGGCUCAUGCUACUAAGGCUCCCGUCACGACGGCCUAUACUCUCGCAGAUGGCAAACAUCAUACAGCGAGAUGUGGUGCAUCGCGCAUGGGAAGAAGUUGUGGUCCGCCACGUAAGCAAUGAAGGUCACAGACAUGAAGGGGUUAAGGAUCAUGGGGAUCAACAAUUCCGUGAUGACCAACGUGGAAAGGAAAGGGGAGGGACGGAAGAUUACUUCAACGUAGCUCACGAGAGAAAUCCUUCAAAGAAAAGGAGUGGAUCUGCUCUGUACGAUCUUGAAGGACUGCGUUUACACAGUUCCGAUGGAAUGGAGGACAAAGAGAAGGGGGAUGGAAACGGCGAAAGUGCUGCGGAAGGCGCCAGAGGAUUCGGGAGUGAAGAUGUUGUGGAGUUCCUUUUCCGACUUCCCACAGAGGAAGAUGGCGGUGAAGCAACCUCUGGAGCAGAACCUCUCAACUACCCGCGAAACGGAGCCUCGAUCCCAAAUGUGAGAACCCGGAUGCCAAAUAGUGCCCAAUUGUAUUGGAUGAAGAAAUUGCGUGAACCACUUCGUAAGAAACUGCUGACAAGUAUGAGUGAACAAAACACCACCUCCUACGUAUGUGGUGUGGCAGUAAAGAUGCAGCACAGCGAAGAAGGUUGCCGGAAAGUGUGCGAUGCGAAAAGCGACGGCGGCAGCAGUGGUUGUGGCAACGUGGAAAAUGGGGAGGACGUUAGCGCCACUGUGUCGGGGGGAGAGGGAGCAAAAUUCAAAUUGAGAUAUGAGUCCAGGCGCCGCCUCACAUAUGUCCUGCGCGAUCGGCGGUAUAUGGAGCCUCUACCCAUCCAUUGGUGUAAUGAGAAGAAUGAUGCGGUGUGCCUUGGAAGCAGGCGACAGGAAAGCUUUCCUUCGUCACUUUCGCAACCGUGGUUAAGCACAGAUUUCCUUUUCACUCGCGCAGGUGCCUUCUUUGAUUUCUCGCAUGACGCAGCAGACCACCAAAAUAGCCACAAUAAUAGUAGCAGUGGCAAUGCUGGGAAUCACGUUCCACUGGACCCGUACAUGGGUUUCCUGACACCAGAUGAAGAGGCCGUUUUACUUGCGGGGCGGUUGUGGACGCACGGCUGGGAUUUUUACGCCCCGACUGAGCCCAUUGCUUUUGCAGCUGUCGUCCACGCAAAAGGUGCCGGGAAUGGAACAAGCGGUAAUAACAAAGUCGCAAACAUGUCCUCUAAAGUGAGGGAUGCGCGAUUGCGGGGUUUGGUGCGCUUGAACUUUGUGCUAUUUGGCCAAUCCAACGCUGCGCGGGGGUUGAGAAGUGACGGGGAAGCGGCGCUUAAACACGUGGAGAAAUAUGGACUCGGAUCCCGCCGCUCUCGCGAGUCGUUUCUUCAGCAUGUUGGGUUGCGCUCAAGUCGCAGUGGCAGAAUGAUAUGCACUCAAGAAGAUGAUUUCGGCUGUGUGCAAAAGAAUGCCAAAAGCCCUUGGAAAUGGUACCACUGUGGAGAAGUGUGCAGUGGAUUGUAG